AUGCUUCCCAGUCCAGUGACUUCAACGCCAUUCUCGGUGAAGGAUAUUCUAAAGAUGGAGCAGCAACAACACCCCCACCAAGGAUUCUUCUAUCCAGAUCAAGACGCACAGAUGUCUCUGCAGCGCAUGCACAGUGCACUUCGGAGCCUUGACUUACUUGACAGUCAGGAUAAGUCAUGCUUCUCGGGGGGAACACAGAUGAAAUGCAGCCUGAGUUCGGAGGACGUUGACAUCCUGAGGGGCAGUUGUAGUUCAGCGGCUGAGGAGGAGACAAAUGGGGACCCAGGUAAAUUAAAACGAUGUCGUUAAAACACACGCAGCGCUGGCUGCUGACAUCCAAUUACAGAUAUUUCUGAAAAGAUCAUUCGAUUGGCCUCUGUCAAUUCAAGAACUGAAUUAAAAUGUCAAUUUUCGAAUCCAGGCUCUGUCGCAGCCGGCCGCGACCGGGAGACUCAUGGGCGGCGCACAAUUGGCCCAGCGUCGUCCAGGGUAGUGGAGGGAAUGGCCGGCAGGGAUGUAGCUCAGUUGAUAGAGCAUGGCGUUUGCAACGCCAGGGUUGUGGGUUCGAUUCCCACGGGGGGCCAGUAUAAAAAAAAAAUAUAUAUAUAUGUAUUCACUAACUGUAAGUCGCUCUGGAUAAGAGCGUCUGCUAAAUGACUAAAAUGUCAAUGUAAAUACCCUGAAUUAGGCUAUUUGGAUUUGGCCCCAAUCCUGCCUCUUGAUGCUGCAUGACAGCCUGCCUCUCAACAUAUAGUGCUCAUGCCCCCAACAUUUGUAUUUUCAUGAACAAUAUUAUCAGCAUUGUUUAAAGGGGCAAUAAGCAGUUGCUACAUUCAUUUUUGUACUUAUAAAUUAAUGAUAUGUACCCAUUGAUUCUUGAAGAAUAUAACAUAUUAAUUUCUCAUGAGCUUGGUUCUUCAGUAUGAAAAAAAUAAAAUGUAUGCACUCACUAACUGUAAGUCGCUCCUGAUAAGAGCGUCUGCUAAAUGACUAAAAUGUAAAAUGUAAAAAAUGUCAACUGUCGUACCCCAUCAGAACCAAAAAUAUAAGCUUGUUUUACUCCAAUGUUUGUAAACAAAGCAAAUGUAAACAAACUCUAUAUAGCCUCAAAACAUGGUUAAAACUGUCAUGUUUAUAUCAUGGAUGGUCAGUCCUUACAUCCAUAGCUCUGUCUAUGAAUUUGAGAAUGGUUACAUUUCUCCAGCCUCAUCCUCAGUUUUUUAACGAAACAGGUGCGGGUAUGACGCUUUGUUAUUGUUUCUACUGCUGAUUGCCACUUUAAUAGACGUUACAUUUUUAUAUAUAAAUUAGCUAAACCUGCUAUUUUGGAAAUGUUUUCCAAACAUAAGUUCAUGGCAAUGACGAGGCCUACCUAUAGGAGAAAAUAAAGGCUAGUAAAGGGUAAUGAAUUUACCUUCUCACCACAUUUAAAUUAAUUUCCGUGUGAGCUUCAUACUGUGACAUUGCUGGGUAUGCAUGUGAUGCAACAAUUUCAAUUGAAGUAGGCCUAACCCACUGUGCAAAAAACUGGGUGAAUCAACGUUGUUUCCACGUCAUUUCAACCCCCCAAAAACAACGUGAUGACGUUGAAUCAACGUGGAAAACUGUUUGGAUUUGCAAAAAGUCAUCAAUGUAAGGUCAUUUCGUAUUUAUUUACCCAACUUUUAACCUAAAUACAAUGACAUGGUGAUUUUUUUUGUUGAUUUCACGUUGAAUUCACGUUAGUUGACAACCAAAUGUAAAUCAAAACUGACGUCUGUGCCCAGUGGGACGUUUUUCACUAGGCAGUUUUCCAAUGAAGGUAUGUGUCUAACAUCGCUAUUUCUUAUUAUUGCAGGUAUGCUUCUUGACGAUUCGAUGGGUUGUGAUGGGGAAAAUGACAAUACCUAUUCAGACAAGCCAAAGCAAAGAUUGCGCAGAAAGCCACGAGUGCUAUUUUCCCAAACGCAGGUUUUUGAGCUGGAACGGCGCUUCAAACAGCAGAGGUACCUUUCUGCACCAGAGCGGGACCACCUCGCCAAUAUUUUAAAGCUUACUUCUACUCAAGUCAAAAUCUGGUUUCAAAACAGGAGGUACAAGUGCAAGCGGCAAAGACAAGACAAGUCUCUGGAAUUGGCUGGAUACCCACCUCCACCACGAAGGGUGGCAGUGCCCGUGUUGGUUCGAGAUGGCAAACCGUGCAUGGGAGGAUCUCAUUUAGCACCAUACAAUGUGACAAUUGGCUCUUACAAUCCCUUAUAUGGAUAUGGUAAUAACUCAUAUGGUUGCAGUUAUCCGAGUAUGCAAUCCAUACCAAGUGCCACGCAAAUGUCCAACAACCAUAUAGUUGACAUGAACCUCAUGGAAAGUGUAGAGGGGCCUUUCCAACAAGGACACUCUCAGGCAACAUUACCGGGGAUAAGAGCGUGGUGA